CAUAAUGAUCAUUAUUACUAUCAUUUUUAUUAUCUUUAUCAAGGUUGGGAUGUAUUAUCCAGACAAAACUCUUCGCCACCUAGAACUUACCUUGGAUGAUCUUGUGACAGGUAGUAACUAUGGAGUACAAGGAAGUUGGUUAUUCGAAGUCUCAGAUACAUUUCGUGAGAUAGGAAAAGUUCUAUGUGAACCGACCAACCCUUGUCUCAAUGAAGGAACAUGUGAGAACGAUACAUGCGUUUGCCCCGAGGGUUUCAGUGGAAACUUCUGUCAUUUAGAUGGAUGUGAUAACCGUUGUCUCAAUGGAGCGAGCUGUGAGCAAGGCAAUUGCACAUGUCCAGCAGGAUUCGGUGGCGAUUUUUGUCGAGAUAAACAACUCAGGUAG